UGUGAAACAUAUUACCGGAAUGAAGUUGCGAACGCGGGUCUGCAAAAAACACUCUAUAAAAAACUCUGAGGCUCCAGAGGAAGACAGCCGGAAAAGCACAAAUUAUCCACUGAGUUGUGUGGAUUGGAGCAGCAAUGAGGAUAUCUAUUUUGUGAGCGAUGACCACCAGAUCUUCAAGUGGAGCGAUGUGAGCCGGGAUUCGGUGGAGGUGGCCAAGUUGCCGGAUGACUUUGUGCCCACGGACCUGCACUGGCUUUUGUUGGGCGGCAGGAGCAGUGGUGGUGGAAAGGGUAGCGACACCUUGCUGAUCUCCAGCAAUGACGGCAGAUUCGUGAUCCUCAACAAAAGUGCCCGUGUGGAGCGAAGCAUUUCCGCCCAUGGAGCGGCCAUCAGCUCCGGCCGCUGGAGUCCCGAUGGCGCCGGACUUCUGACCGCCGGCGAGGAUGGUGUGAUCAAGAUCUGGUCACGAUCCGGAAUGCUGCGAUCCACGGUGGUGCAGAAUGAGGAGGCCAUCCGCUGCGCUCGCUGGGCGCCUAACUCGACAUCCAUCGUCUUUUGCCAGGGCGGACACAUAUCCAUCAAGCCACUGGCUGCCAACAGCAAACUCAUUAGGUGGCGAGCCCAUGAUGGUCUGGUGCUUUCCCUCAGCUGGUCCACUCAAUCCAAUAUAAUAGCCUCUGGCGGAGAGGAUUUUCGUUUUAAGAUCUGGGAUGCUCAGGGUGCUAAUCUCUUUACCAGUGCCGCGGAAGAGUAUGCGAUCACGAGUGUGGCGUUUAAUCCUGAGAAGGACUAUUUACUGGUGGGCACAUUCAACCUGCUCAAGUUGUGUCACAGUAAUGGCUGGUCAUAUAACAGCGCUCGUUUCACAACUCCAAGUGUGGGCUCCUUCUUCAGCCUUUCCUGGUCAGCAGAUGGCACUCAAGUGGCAUGUGGCACCUCCACGGGUCAAUUGAUUGUGGCCUAUGCCAUCGAGCAGCAGCUAAUCUCCAGGAACCUCAAGGCAACCAGCAAAAGCCGCAAGUCGAUUGCCUUGAAGGAUAUUGCCACUGGCACUCAGGAUGUCCUGGAUUUUCCCCAGCGGGUGGUUAAUUUCGGUCUGGGAUAUGGACAUCUGGUGGUGGCCACCACCCACCAAGUGCACAUAUAUAAUGAGAAAUACAUCAAUACGCCGAUUAUUAUCGACGGCAGAAAUGAUACGAGGGUCAUUGAAGUGAGCAAAAAGUACUUUAUGAUAUUGGACGCCUCAUCGAUAUGGGUGUACACUUACACGGGUCGUUUGCACCUGAAUCCGCGCUAUCCCGGCUCCCAGGCGCAGAUUCCCCUGCUCACCUGGCGCUCACUCUCGCUGGGUCUCGAUGUCCUGGCCAUCAGGGAUAACUCCGAUCCGACUCUGCUGCACCUGUUCGACCUGAUUCCAGGUGCCUCGAGGCAGUAUGAUCCCCAUUCGCUGAGGGCCAAACAACAACUGGCGGAGAUCGCAGCCUGUCGAGCGGGAACUGCCGAAGAUCAGUUCGUGGCCUUCAUCGAUGCCAAUCGAGAACUAUUCGUGAGUGAAACCCGCAAUCUGAGUGGCGAACGUACGGAUGAGAUCUACAAGAUCGGCACUCAACUCAUCGCGAUCAUGUGGGCCAGUGAGACGAACAUCCUGGUGGGAGUGCACGACUCCUGCUACAGCAUCUGGUAUUGUCCUGGGGAAGGGGCCGCCGAUCCUACAAUUAUUGCUCUGACCACUAUAACACUGGAUACGGCCGAAUUUGGAAAGCAUAUAACGAUCGAGAGUUUCGAGGAUGCGGUGGUCACCUUCCGCUGCGCCGGCGCCCUGCUCCCGGUCAACGUGAACAUGUACUGCGAGGUGCUGCAUCGCGCCCUGCUCGAGGGUCAGUGGCAGCAGGCGCUGAAGAUCUGCCGGAUGGGCCAGCACGCCAGCCUGUGGGCCACUCUGGCGGCGGUGGCCACCAGGAAGCACCAGCUGCAGAUCAGCGAGGAGGCCUACUCCGCCGCCCUGCAGAUCGACAAGGUGAGCUACCUGCAGCACCUGAAGACCCUGACGCCCUCGAGUGCCGAGCAGAUGGCCGAGAACUCGCUGAUGCUGGGCAGGAUGUUGGAGGCGGAGACGAUCCUUCUACACGGCAAGAAAAUCGAGCAGGCGGUGGGUCUAUCCCUGCGGAUGCACAACUGGCGGAGAGCCCUGGAAAUCGCCCAGAAACAUAAGGCGGACCAUCCAGACUUGAUGCCGCGGGUUAUCCAGGAGAGGAGAAAGUAUUUAAAGGCCCUGCAGCGUGAGGAAUGGGAUCCACUUUACCUGCCCCAUGUCAUUAAAGAAGAGGCUGAUAAUACAAGCGAAUAA